AUGCGUCUUCCCUACUUCCCACUUUCUGGUGGCGCCCCUACUGCAACUUUCAAACCCUUGAAAGCACAAGCAAGUAGCAACCAGGAAGGAGAAAUUAUAGAUAAAGAUAUUGUGUUUGUUGCAGGUUCAACCGGUAGAGUAGGCUCGCGUACCGUAAGGGAACUUUUAAAGCUAGGGUUUCGGGUUCGUGCUGGUGUUAGAAGAAAUCAAUUAGCUGAAGCACUUGUGCAGAGUGUCCAACAAAUGAAGCUUGAUGGCGAGGCUGGAAAACCUGAAACACAACCAAUUAGCAAUCUUGAGAUUGUUACCUGCGAUUUGGAGAAGAAAGGGAGCAUAAUACCAGCAAUUGGCGAUGCCUCUGUUAUUAUUUGCAGCAUUGGAGCAAGUGAAAAGGAGGUUUUUGAUGUGACAGGACCAUAUCGCAUUGAUUAUAAAGCAACCAAGAACCUGAUUGAAGCAGCAACUCUUGCAAAAGUCAAUCACUUCAUCUUGGUCACAUCUUUGGGCACAAAUAAGAUUGGAUUUCCUGCUUCUUUUCUAAACUUAUUUUGGGGGGUUCUGAUAUGGAAGAGAAAGGCUGAAGAGGCUCUUAUUGCUAGUGGUAUUCCUUACACAAUAGUAAGACCGGGAGGAAUGGAGCGACCCACAGACUCUUUCAAGGAAACUCACAACCUUGUUCUUGCAAAAGAAGAUACUUACUUUGGUGGCUUGGUCUCCAACCUGCAAGUUGCAGAGCUCAUUGCAUUCAUGGCAAAAAAUAAAAGACUUUCAUCUUAUAAGGUGGUGGAAGUAAUAGCAAAACAAACGGAACCACUAAAGCCAUUGGAAGAGCUGCUUGGCAAGAUUCAACCACAGAGGGAAAUUCUAGGUGAAUAUGAGGUAGAUAGUAGGCCUAAUGUGGACUCAACUAGUAUUGCAACAGAGACGUUCAGUAGAAUGACUGCGCCAAAGGCAAGGCCACUAUCUCCUUAUUUCAUGUAUGAUGACUUCAAGCCCCCAAGCUCUCCUACUCCAAGCAAAGCCAAGGCCAGCUCUAAGGUUACUUCUAGCUCUGCUUCUGGAGAUUGAAUAUCCCAUGGAUGGGCUCGUGAGUAAUAGCUGAGUUUGUAAAAUAUCUUUUGUUUAAAAAAAUAAUAUUUGGUCUUAUUUGGAUCAUUCAAAUCUCAGAGAGAAAACGUCGUUGUUUUUAGUGUAAAGGACCAAGGGAUUUUGAUUUGCACUGCAUUGUUUUUUCUAAUUUUUGCAUGAUUUUAAAGAAUUUAAUGAUGAUGAGGCGAGGGAGUU